UGUGAGAAUUAGUGACAUCUAAUGGUGAGAGUGCAGAUUACAACAGUGGCUUCAUGUACCAGAGAGGAUGCUUUUCUUCAUUCUCUGAUACAAAACACACACAUAUGCCUAAAACACAUAUAAAAGGCAAAUUAUGUUUUAUUUUAAAGCAGUUAUACACUUAAAUAAACACAUGUAUGAGCUCUAUUCAAUUGCUCCCAAUAAAAACCUCCUUAAUGUUACACACAAGCUUUCCCUUUUCCAAAUGACAACACUGUGAUCCAUGAAUUAUGAUCAUUCACCAUUUCCAGUGAUAAGCCCACAGACUGACACCUAAGCAAAUACUAUUAUAUUAUAAUACUAAGUCAUUGAUCACAAUUUAUAAGUUUAAUAUUACAAAUAUUAAUGAUCAAAUUGUCAUCAAACUGUCUCAAAAGUAUAUAUAAGAUCCUUAAAAAUGACUAAUUCUGACUUUAACUCAAAGACAAAGAUUUUAAGAGUUAAACCGUGAUAGUUUUUGGAGAAUGAUUAUUUAUCUGCACAUUUCUGAGUUGGAUCUUUUCUCUGUGUGUCUUAAAUCAAUUAAGUGUUUUGUAAUUUUUCAAAGACAAAGAAGCUCCUCUGUGGUCAACUCAUGAGACAAAGCUGCUCCUGUCCCCACUUCGCAGGUGGAUUGUCAUUUUUUUGGGGGUCUCAGUUUUGUCCCCGUGUAACUCUUGAACUAUACUGACAUCUUGUGGCCAUUCGUAGACACUACAACCGGAGCGCCUCUCUUCCGCAUUCAACUCAAUCUAGACUAUUACAUCAGCAUCGUGAAGACUUUCUCCUCAGGCUUCAGGUGGAAAUGCUUGAGCAACUCUCUGAAGACGUUGCUGAGAAAACGGAAGUACAACCUCUCACGAGUUUACGUCUGCGCGCGUGAGAUGGGGUGUAAACGCAUCGUGUGGUAGUGAAUGUGGGGAUAUUUCAUCAGGUCACGCUCGCUCGUGUUGCGCUGCCCGUGGGUCAACGACAAGAAGACUGCGAGGACGGCACAGUAUCUGAUGAAAUCAUGGCUCCACACCCUGCAGUCCAGGCAAUCAUUGACUUCACAGCUGGAGCAGCAGGCGGGACGGCCUGUGUGCUGAGUGGUCAGCCGUUCGACACGGCAAAGGUGAAGAUGCAGACGUUCCCCUCCAUGUACCGCAGCUUCGUCCACUGCUUCGCGUCCAUCUACAGACAGGUGGGACUGCGCGGCCUCUACAAAGGCACCACACCGGCACUGAUAGCCAACAUCUCUGAGAACGCUGUGCUCUUCCUGAGUUAUGGCCUCUGUCAGGACGCCGUCCGCCUCAUGUCCCGGAUGGACAAAGGAGCAGAACUCAGCGAUGUUCAGAGGGCAUCAGCAGGAUCUUUAGCCUCCAUCUUCUCUGCCAUGGCGUUGUGUCCCACUGAGCUGGUGAAGUGUCGCAUGCAGGCCAUGCAUGAAAUGGAAGCGUCCGGCAAGGUCCCGAGUGGACAGCGGAGCACAGUGUGGUCAGUAGUGAAGACGGUGCUGAGAACCAACGGCCCUCUGGGCUUUUACCAAGGACUGACGUCCACCGUCGUGAGGGAGAUGCCGGGAUACUUCUGCUUCUUUGGGGCCUACGAACUGUGCCGGUCCACGUUUGCAAAGCACAUGGGCACAGAUAAAGACGGUAUAGGUAUUCUUCCACUCAUGUUCAGCGGCGGAUUUGGGGGAGCUUGUCUUUGGCUGGUGAUUUAUCCCAUAGACUCUGUAAAGUCCAGGAUCCAGGUGCACUCCUUAGCCGGGAGGCAAGAGGGCUUCAUGAAAACCUUCCUGGGCAUCGUACGCACCGAAGGUUUCCCUGCUCUGUACUCUGGCCUCACUCCUACCAUGAUACGCACCUUCCCUGCCAACGGCGCCCUCUUCCUGGCUUAUGAGUUCACUCGCAAGAGUAUGAUGGAAGCAGCUGGCGCCUGACGCGGCGCGUCACACGUAUUGUUUAAAAUGACACGACUACGCGGUUUAAAGUGUUCUCAUUUUGAGUGACGUAAGCUAAAGUAUAAUACAUUUCUAUUGGUGCUGUUUGAGAAUAUGCCAUGAACUGUGUAACGUGAAAUAAAAUGUUGUUUGUUUCAGUCACAAGUCGAGGCUUGAUAUUUAACGUGUAGUAAAGGAAACACGAUCUUGGUUGGAUUUCAGUGCGUGUUUCACAGUAACCACUUACAAGUGUUUUGAAUAUGGAAUCAGAGGAGAAAGAACAAAAGAAACACUAACAGCUACUUCAGAAAACAGUCAAUGAAUCAGUAAAAGUUGUCUCACAGAAGAAAAACACAAGAUACAAGGAAUAAAACACUUCAUCUUUACUUAUAUAUAUAUAUACAUUAAUAAUACUGUUCAUUCAAUUUUGGGAAUACUUGUUUGUUUUGUUAAGUUAAAACAUUUCAUUUGUUUUAAAUACAUACUUGUAUUCUAUUUAAAAUGAUUUAACUUAAAAUCCUGUGGAAUCAGGGUCUGAAAUUAGUUUAGUAAUGAUUUCUUUAUUGAGAUUCAUUUCUGGUUGCACUAAAGCAUGAAAUCAAAUAAUUCAAUUAUACAAGAAAGUAGAAAUGUAUCCAGAGCCUUAUUUAAUCAUAAUGAGACAAAGUGGAAAUCAAAGGUUAGGGUCUUUAGUGGAGUCUGUGUGGAGUCAGAAAAUGUACCUAGACAUUUUGCUUCAUUUUAAAUCAAAAGGCAAAAAUAAAACAUUUCUCGAACUCAUUUUUUUUUUGGGCAAAAACUCAUGUUUUACAGGGAACUGGGUGUCAUGUGACCACACAUCAGCAUCCUCACAAGAAAUGAUGCUAAUGUGCUGCUCACAUGUCAGUGAGUGUGACUGUGCAGCUUUACUGUCACUCCCAGUGGAUCUGUGGCUCUGAUUGCACUUUAAAAGCUCUUAUGUUAUGUAACGGAGAUACAGAAACAUAAGUUAUUAACUUGUAAUUACACAAUGUUAAAACGAUUUAACUUUUUGCCGUAUUUCUCUUUCUUUUGGCAUUUUGAAAUAACUUAUUGUAGAAAUGUGCUAUAAAAAUAGACUUAAUACAAUACAAUAAGUGUUCCUUUUGGCCCACUGGUCCUUUAUUAAGUUUCAAUUUUGGCUCUCAAAUGGAAAAAGUUUGGGAUUCCCUGAUCUAAUCACGACACAGCAGGUGAAAAUUACUUUUAACUCAUCUAUUUUU